GCGAGGUUCGCUGUCAAAACCGCUGCUGCAAAGAGGGCAGUGACCGUAUUUUUGCAGAUAUCUAUCAUUUCUCGGGUUAAGUGUGAGCUGUGGCAUAAUAAAACACGUUUACGGCCGUGAAGCGAAGCAACCUGUGUCUCCACAAAUGCAAGCUAUUAAAUGCGUGGUGGUCGGCGACGGGGCGGUGGGUAAAACCUGUCUGCUGAUCAGCUACACCACAAAUGCCUUCCCCGGCGAGUACAUCCCUACAGUAUUUGACAACUACUCCGCCAAUGUGAUGGUGGAUGGGAAACCGGUCAACCUUGGCUUAUGGGAUACAGCAGGACAGGAAGACUACGAUCGCCUCCGUCCCCUCUCGUACCCGCAGACGGAUGUGUUUUUAAUAUGCUUUUCACUGGUGAGCCCAGCGUCCUUUGAGAACGUCCGUGCGAAGUGGUACCCCGAGGUGCGACAUCACUGCCCCAACACACCCAUCAUCCUGGUGGGCACCAAACUGGACCUGCGAGAUGAUAAGGACACCAUAGAGAGGCUGCGGGACAAGAAGCUGUCGCCCAUCACCUACCCGCAGGGUCUGGCCAUGGCCCGAGAGAUCGGUGCCGUGAAGUAUCUGGAGUGCUCCGCUCUGACUCAGCGCGGUCUAAAGACUGUAUUUGACGAGGCCAUCCGCGCCGUCCUCUGCCCUCCGCCCGUCAAAAAACGCGGCAAGCGCUGCACCCUCUUCUGAGCGAACGUCACUUCCCGGCCCCCGCACCAAACUACAAGAUUUUUAAUCAGCCUCUUGGAAAAUAUAUUGUACUCCUCUCACAGGUUCGGUGACAGCCGUCCAUGAAGUUCUAAUGCACAUUACAUGUAUAUGAACCAUUGGCUAGACGCGUCCAGUCGGAGGGAAACCUCGCGUAGAUGGCUUUUGUUUUCGGCGGCCUCGCGCGCCCAGAGACGUAAUAUUCCAUUUCAUAUCGUUUCUAUGAGAAGUUUUAGUGGUCCAGUGUAAUUGUCGACAUACUGUAAGGAAGUGUUUCUUGGUGUUGUAAAGGAAGCGUGUCAGAGAAACGGCAAAGUUCUGUUGAUUUAGACGGUCUUGUACAAAGCUAACCGUUCGCAGUAUUAGCGUCGCGUUAAAGUCAACGUGAAACGGACUUCACGACCCGUUUUACAUCUGGAAUGAGCGAAACAGGAUAUUCAGCGUGUACCUCGAAGUUGAGCUUUGUACCCAGCGAACAAAAAUUUGUUCCAAGAAAGAAUUAUUUCGAAAUGUUUUCUUAACUUUUUUAAAUGUUAUUUUAAUAACUUUUUAGGUACUGCAAAAGUUAAAGGAACAUUCCAUUUUAUUAUUUGAAACAUUAUGAGAACGUUACUGUUCAAUGUUCUUUCAACGUUCAGUUUUUAAAAUGUUUAUAGACCAUAAGGAAACAUUUGAUUUGAUUAUUUUGCAAACAUUAUGAAAACUUUUAAAUGUUCUCUAAACAUUCUGACAAUUGUAACAUUUAAAAAACAAUGUUUCAAAUCAAACAUUCCCUGAA